AUGGUGUAUAAUGAUCUCAAUGUUUCCAUCUCGGAUGUGUUCUUUAAAGCUUCUAUGCUCAACUCUGAUUUUUCCACGAGUAAUGCUUCAGUUGCUGCUCCUCGUCAAACCAUCCAACAUUGGCUCCAUCCUCCUUCAGGUAGACUGAAGGUCAAUGUGGAUGCUGCCUGGGAUCCUUCCAUUCCAAGAGCUGGAGUAGGGGCCGUUAUUAGGGACUCCCAAGGCAGAAUUAUAGCUUCAAGCUACAAGAACAUUUUGUCGACGGGAGGGAGCAUAUUUGUGGAGGCUACAACUUUUCUUUUUGGUAUAGAACUUGUUAUUACUAUGCAAGUUCAAGACUUCAUCCUUGAAGAGGAUGCUCUUAUUAUUGUCUCAGACUUGAAAGCCAAAAAAAUUGCCUUGGCUCCUUAUGGAAAGUGUGUGGAUUCAGCAAUUCAUCUCUUCCAAGACCUUGUGUGUGAGGUGGUUCAUACGCCAAGGAUCAACAACAAAUUAGCUGAUUCUCUAGCUCAUUUAGGAAUGAAUUUUGGUGCUUCAGUCUUGUUUGUAGGACAUGUUCCUAACGCUUGUUCGCAUAUUGCUAUAUUUGAACUUUCUGUUUAA